GGCGUGGCUCACUCACAUGGAAAUCUUAAAUGUCAGUCAUCAAGAUCUGAGGCUUAUUCCACAAAAUAUCUCUUCGCAGAAAGACCUAAAGGUCCUUUUACUCAAUGACAAUAAAAUAAUCUUCCCACCAGUCGAGCUGACCUGCUUGACUGAGCUCAGACACCUUUCCUUGGAACACAAUUCCCUGACUCUCCUUCCUGCUAACUUUGGGGAUCUCAGAAGCCUCACCUUCCUUAAUUUGAGCAGCAAUCACUUUGUCUCUCUUCCGGAGUCUUUCGUUCAUUUGCAAUGCCUGCAGGAGCUAUGGCUCAAAGAUGCUGGCUUGACAGACUUCCCAAUGGAGGUGUGUAGUUUGAAGGGCUUGAGGAGGCUGUCACUAGCUGAGAACAGUUUAACUGAAGUCCCUCCUCAGAUUGGCCAUCUUUUAUCUCUUGUUUGGUUAUCAUUUGCAAGCAAUCGACUCGUUUCUCUACCAGAGGCUGCAUUUGCAAGUCUCGUUGAGCUAAAGAUCCUUCACUUGCAGUCUAAUUUUAUUGCCUCCUUCCCUCUCUCACUGUUGAAGCUUAAAAAACUCUCCGCCCUUGAUUUGAGUGAUAAUGCGAUAUCUUCCGUACCUGCCUUGGAGCUAAUCAGCUCCUGCACUAUCAACAAGCUCGAUCUACGCGGGAAUAAAGAGAUUAAGGGACAAGAUGACUCAUUGCCUUGGAGGGAUCUCCAUUUCGUGAUGCUGUGACUCAGGAUUGUUUUGGAAUGACUGCCUUGUUUUGAAAUGACGAGAAAUGCAAGACUCCUGUACAUACUGGAGGAAUUAAAAUAAUAAAGACAAGUGUCCUUGUUUAUAUAUCUGGUUUUUAUAACAGAGUGCAUAACAUGUUACAUUCUGUCAUUGGGUGGAGUUCUUAUAAGGUCUCAGGUGUAAACAAUAGUGUAAACAUUCAGCAUAGUGUGAACGAUACACAUAAGAGGUGUGAACUAAUUACUAUUAGCUGCAAAGAGCCACGCCCUAAAUAUUUUUGGUAUAUCUAGCAGCGAUCUCAUUAUUUUAAUAUUAAAAAAAAAACGGUCAAAAUUUCUCUGCGUUGCAUUAUCUUAUUGUACACUGCACGAUGUUAAAGAAAAAUGUGAAAA